GAAUGCAGCCUUAUGGGGGGGGGGCACAAGCCAGUGCAAAUUCUUCCAGAAGACUGGACCACUGCAGCCAAGGAAAGGAGACACGGAGACUUGGUGGUGGAACCCCAAAGUACAGGAAAUCAUACAAGGAAAAAGUCCAACAGAACCAGAAUCCAGCCUCCCUUCCUCGUGCUUCAUGGGACCAAUGACUUGGAAGAUCGAACAGGUGGUUAAAGAGGCUCAGAAGACUCACCUGGAUCCCAAGACUGGACCUCCUAACUGGCUGUUUGUACCCGAUUCCGGAUGCUCUGAUGUCCUUCAGUGGCCCCACAACUCCAAGCUCACCUGUCAUCCCGGCAUCACCCGAACCACCCAUUUCAUCCAGCACUUCUGGUGGCCCAGCCUAGUCAAAGACACCCGAGACUUUGUACUAGCCUAUUCCGUCUGUGCCCGAGACAUCACUGAAGAUCUUCGUACUGAGCAGCAGAAGCAAGAGCCCCCUCACAUUAAAGAUGAAGUGGAGGACGAAGAGGUCCACCACAUCAAAGGGGAAGAGGAGCCCAUUUCGAUUAAAAAAGAGGAGGAAGAAGCGCGGUCCCACAUCAAACAGGAAGAGGAGGCUAUCACCACAUUUCCAUCGACUGGUGUCCCUUUGAAGUGUGAAGAUGCAGGUCAAAGUGAGGAGAGCAGAGGGGCGGAGCCUCCAAGCAGUAGCGCAAGUCAACACAUGGCAACAGAAGGUGAUGGAGACCGCUGUGGAGGAUCACAAGCAGACGGACUCUUAGCUCCACUGUCAGAUAGUGACGACAUGACGUCACACUCUCCUCACACUGAAGAUGAUGAUAAACAGUCUGAAGGUGAUAGGACAUGUCACACUGACAACAAACAAUGGAAAUGUUCUCAUUGUGGGAAAACAUUUGCUUAUAAGAGCAUUAUGAAACAACAUGUGAGAACACACACUGGUGAGAAACCUUUUUCCUGCUCAGUUUGUGGUCAAAGAUUCUCUGAGAAGGGACAUUUACAAAUACACAAAAGAACCCACACUGGUGUGAAACCUUUUUCCUGCUCAGUUUGUGGUCAAAGAUUCACUCAGAAACAACACUUAAAAAGACACACAAGAACCCACACUGGUGUGAAACCUUUUUCCUGCUCAGUUUGUGGUCAAAGAUUCACUCAGAAACAACACUUAAAAAUACACACAAGAACCCACACUGGUGAGAAACCUUUUUCCUGCACAGUUUGUGGUCAAAGAUUCUCUGAAAAGGGACAUUUACAAAUACACACAAGAACCCACACUGGCGAGAAACCUUUUUCCUGCUCAGUUUGUGGUCAAAGAUUCUCUGUUAAGGGACACAUAAAAAUACACACAAGAACCCACACCGGUGAGAAACCUUUUUCCUGCUCAGUUUGUGGUCAAAGUUUCUCUGUGAAGGAAAGCUUAAAAAGACACACAAGAACGCACACUGGUGAGAAACCUUUUUCCUGCUCAGUUUGUGGUCAAAGAUUCACGCAUAAAGGAAGGUUACAAAGACACACAAGAACUCACACUGGUGAGAAACCUUUUUCUUGUUCAGAUUGUGGUCAAAGUUUCUCUGACAAGGGAAACUUAAAAAGACACACAAGAACCCACACUGGUGAGAAACCUUUUCCCUGCUCAGUUUGCGGUCAGAGAUUCUCUCGUAAGUCUCGGGUUAAGACACACAAGUGUGCUGGUGAGAAUAGCAGUGAUCAAGAUGCUUUUAAUGGAAAUGUUUAAUCUAAAAAGGAUUUACUGAAUGCAGAUUUUUGUAUCCCAGCUUUUACUGUAUCUUCUUCUUGUCCAUAUAUUUUCGAAAAGCCUCCCACGGGCAAAUGUUGAGAAUUAGCACUGAUGCCAAAAUACUUGAAAGGGACAAGUUAAUGGUGUGAACAUAGACACUUCUUCCAUAGUUCUGGACUCAUAAAUGAUAUCUGCAGGAGAAAAAAAGCCCUCCAAAAUAGAUUAAAUCAGAAUUUUAGAAUCCUAUACUGAUAAACUAUUUGAUUUUCAGCCAGAUUUUGGCCCGCCCAUAUUUUGUACAUGUCGGCCUGUUAAAGCCUGACGCCUCAUGUCCCGAAACUGCAGCUGAUCUGAUUUGAACUUAUCUGAUCCAUAAAAUAAAAUAAAAAAAGGGGGGAUUUAUUGUUGUAAUAUUUUCAGAGGUUGAAGCUGCCAAGAGUAAAGAUGUCCGCAUAAAUUGUUGACAGUUUUUGGACAUUAAGCCAUGUUUUUUUGGGGUUCAUGCAUGAGGCUUGCAAGGAUGUGGCACUCGCCCACCGUGUUGGUAUGAUUUUAAUGGUGACACCCUAAUAAAUUAGCAAUUUUUCAGCCCAUUCAAUUAGUGAUUGAACAUAAUUUUGUGGUACCAGCUGUUGUUCAUGUGGUGCAAUGAUAUAUGACAGCAAUGUAAGAUGUAAUACCAGCUUGAACAAAGCGGUGUUUGGAAACUCAAGCAAGCUGUUUUUUUGUUGUUGUUUUUUGUUAAAUGUAUUGUAGAAGUUAUGAUUUAUUUACUUAGCUUGCGUUAGUAUUAUAGACGAUUUUGAGAAAGGAAGAUAUCUCUCCUUCAAGAAGAUGACUCAGCAGGAAUCAUCUGAUGGAAGGGCGCCUUGACCAAGGACGUGGCAGGUGUUGGUCCCAUGUCUUCACCUUGAAACCCUCCCCUUAGUGUGUUGUAUCUUGUUGCUUAGUACGUUAUGUCUUGUAAAACCUUCCUAGUUCAAAUAAAUGCAGGAGCGACGGGAGAGAUUGUUUAGAGCGUGUUGAGAGACUGUGAUCUGAACAAUCUCCCAUACGCCCUCCUCAUGCGAAAAAGAAA